AUGAAAUCACAAUAUCGACUACAAGCUAAACAAUUAUUGUUUAGUUUUGAUAGAUGUUAUUUUGAUCCUGAGGAUAUUUUACAACACAUUAGAUUCGUGUUUAUAGAAAAAAACAUAACUAUCUCUUCGUAUUAUAUUAGUACAGAUAAACAAAAUAUCAAAGCAUUUGUUAUUCUUGACCGUAGAAUUAAUCUUUCUAAUUCUAAUUUGUUUGAGUUAGAUUUUGGAGAAGUAAGCUACACACCAACCAUAGAAAGCUUUCGUUCAUUAAAAACUAUCAGAAAAUACUUCAAGAAAAACAAGAAGAAUAGAUUUAUAACAAAUAUCAAAGAAAUCAACAAUGACAAAGAAAAAAAGAAAUUGUUAGAAUUUUUUGAAAAAAUCUUCAGUAAAAGAACUAUAAUCACAACAUAUUAUCUUAGUAAUUAUAUUAUCGUUAGUGAACCACAUAGAGAUGGUAAUUCUCAUAAACACGUUUAUCUAAAAUUAGAUAAAAAAAUACGUAUAAGAAAAGAAACUUUUUUUGAUAUCAAAACACAAGAAUCAUUGUAUCAUCCAAAUAUUCAAGGAGUUCGUUCGACCAAAUCAGUUAUUGAUUACAUCUUAAAGUUUGGAGAUUAUAUUUCAAAAUAUAAGAUUGAUAAUUUAAAAGUUGCUCAGACUGUUAUUAAAAGAGAGAUUGAAGAAGGAAGAUAUAUAACAAACUCAAAGAUUGCGCAAGAUUAUCCAUCAACAUACACGAUCUAUGGUAAACGUUUGUUGGAUUGGAAAACCAAGAUUGAAGAAGAAUAUUACAAGCAUCCAGGUAAUCCAUUUGUGGAGUUUCACUAUGGUGAUAAACAUUGUGGGAAAUCGACAUAUGUUGAAAAAUUUUCAGAUAAAGAGGCAUACAGAUUAGAAAAUCAUUGGUUUGACGGGUAUAAUGCUCAAAAGAUUCUGGUGAUUGAUGAGUUUAACGGUUCACAAUUACAGUAUACCACAUUAUUAAAAAUCUUAUCAGGACAGCAACAAAGAUUGGAAAUAAAGGGUUCUAAAGAAUUAAGCCAUAUCAAACAUGUUAUUAUCACAAGUAAUUUUGAUAUUAAAUCUCUAUAUCAAAAUUUAGAAUAUAAUAAAGAUCAAUUAGGAUGGCGAAUCGAUGCGAUUUGGCGUUAUCAAAAAUCAGAUAAUGGAUUCUCAGAACGUAAAUGUGAAAAGAAUCCAUAUCUGGAACAGCAACAUCGUAAAUAUCUUAAGCAAAUUGAAUAUCAUAAAUAUUUUAAAGAAAAUUGGGAUUUAUUAGAAGAUAAUUUAAGUGUAACAAAAAAUAUUUUUCAUAAAAACUAUUCAACUUUAGUAUUUGAUAUGAGUUUGCGAGGUG